CUCCAACAUUUCCAACAUUUCCAAUUAUUACACUACAACUUCAGUUCUAAUAGAACUAUAGGAGUGAACCCUAGUGUUUGUACGGGGUCUUGAUUGAUUCAAUUCAAUUCUUCCUCAUUCCUCAUUGUGACAAUUGCCUACCAUUCAUUAAACGAAUGUCAUCGUCUCUAUAUAGUAACUUUCGUUUCCCAAUAUACGUACCGACUUAGAGCUAGCCAUUUAUUAGCGUGUCUUUCUUUUCCCUCCUCCAGAAAGAUUAAUGAGACGAUUACAAAGAUCUUAGAGACAUAAGACAUGUCAAUGGCAAGUCUAUGCUCAGUGUCUAUCCGAGGGCAUACGCCCGCGUUGAGUCGCCCGAUAUCGCCAUGCAUGCUUCGAAAAACGUAUACUGCCGCGACAGGACGGUCGACGAAACAUCUCGUAGCCUCGCCUAGGGUGUAUUUUCAUCAUGCGUCGCAGAAAUACCAAAAUAGCCAGCGCUUCGGGUCAAGACUGCGAAGCGCGCUGAAAGAGACGAAAGUUAAAUGGUAUCCUAUACCUGUCAGCUUAGGAAUUGGCUUUCUUGGGCUGGUGCAGUUCUACAAAACGCAAGCUCGUGAGAAGGAAAGGCUCGAAAAAGAGGCUUCAGAUAGCGAUGAACCUGGUGUUCGCCCUAGGAAACGAGCGCGAGUACGACCAGAUGGCCCAUGGCAAGUGAAGGUAAUGUCAACUCUGCCUCUGAAGGCAUUGUCAAGGUUAUGGGGCAAAUUCAACGAACUCACCAUCCCCUACUACCUGCGAAUCCCCGGCUUCAAAUUAUACGCAUUCAUAUUCGGCGUCAACUUGGACGAAGUAUCCGAGCCAGACCUUCGUAUAUACCCUAACCUCUCGGCCUUCUUCUAUCGAACGCUGAAGCCCGGUGUCCGGCCAUUGAACCCGAAUCCGAAUGCGUUGUUAUCGCCUGCCGAUGGGCGUGUGCUACAGUUCGGAAAGAUCGAGGGCAACGAUAUCGAGCAGGUCAAAGGCAUGACAUAUACCGUCGACGCGCUACUAGGUAAGAACACACCUACGCCUAGCCUGUCUGGUGAAGGAAAAGAGAUCCCCGACCAAUCGCCAACGCCAACGCCAACGCGCGGGGACGAAGAGCUCGUCUCGUCAGAUGAAGAAUUCGCACGGGUGAACGGUAUUGCUUAUACUCUACCCAACCUCCUCUCCGGACCGGACAAAACCCACGAAAGCUCCAGCAAGAAGUUAGAGGACCAAGCCGCUACCCCGUCCAGUCCCGGUGCCGUGUCCGAGGUACGAGCGGAUCUAGCGCUCGGGGAAAAACCCUGGUACGCACUCCUAUCGCCGGACAACCGGACAGCCCUCUACUAUGCAGUCGUAUACCUAGCACCAGGCGACUACCAUCGAUUCCACUCGCCAGCGAACUGGGUAGUAGAGCGACGGCGGCACUUCGCGGGGGAACUAUUUUCCGUGUCGCCAUACCUGCAACGCACACUACCCGGCUUAUUCACACUAAACGAGAGGGUGGUCCUCCUCGGCCGAUGGCGCUGGGGCUUCUUUAGCUUCGUGCCCGUAGGCGCAACCAACGUCGGCUCUAUCACCGUCAACUUCGAUCGCGAGCUCCGAACCAACUCGCUCCUAACCGACACAGCAGCCGACCGCGCAGCCGAAGAGGCCGCCGCGCGAGGCGAGCCGUACGCCGGCUUCGCUGAGGCUUCGUAUGCAGCGGCAAGCAGCGUGUUAGGCGGCUACGCCCUGCGCCGCGGCGACGAGAUGGGCGGCUUCAAGCUCGGCAGCACCAUUGUACUCGUCUUCGAGGCCCCUGUUGCUGAGAACCCCGGCGCGAAGGGCGGGUUCGCAUGGGCCGUGGAGAAAGGGCAGAAGGUCAAGAUGGGCCAGGCGUUGGGAUUUGUUGAGGAGUAGUGGUAUGGAAAGAAAAGUGGCAGAAAUGGAUGGUG